AUGACACAGUGGAUAAAGGCAUUAGUUCAAUACCUUUCUUUCUUUCUUUCUUUCUUUCUUUCUUUCUUUCCCAUUCUGAGUCAUUUGCUUGAAUUUAUGUUUCUUUCUUCCCUUCUUUUUUCUUUUCAUUUGCUUCCAUUUCUCUUUCUUUUUUCCAUUCCAUUGCAUUCUUUCUUUCUUUCUUUCUUUCUUUCUUUCAACCUUCUUAGUCUCUCUUCCUUCUUCAACCCUCUUCUCUUAUUAUCCUACUUUACCACCCUCUCAUUAUUCCCCCUCUCCCCUUCCUUUAAACCUUCUUCUUUACUACACUUUCUUUCUUUUCCUUUAUUUUCUCUCUUCCUUUCCUUCCAGCCUAUUUAUUAUCACCCCUUCUUCCUUUCCUCUCCUACUCCUCCAAUUUGCAAUUCAGCCUUUCUUCCUUCCUUUGACCACUCUUCCUUUCUUUAUCUCUUCUCUUUAAUGGAAUCUUUUUUUGACUUUUCUUUCAUCCUUCUCCUAUUUUGCCACUACCUCUUUCUUUCCCCCCUUUCCUUCCAACUUUGUCCUUCUCCGUCAUUUUUCUUUCUUCUCCGAUUUUCCUCCCCUCUCUCCCUUUGUCCCCCUUUCCUUGCACUCUUCUUUCUACUCCCCCAUUCUUCGUCACGCUCUUUCUUUCCAACCUUCUCCUUCUUAGCCAUUAUUUCUUUACUUCUUUUCCUCUCGCUCCUCCCCUCCUUCCAGCCAUUUUAUUACCGUUUCUCUUUCCUUUUUCUUUUCCUUCAAAACUUUUCCUUAUUUUUCAGAAUUUUUCCGCCCCCUUUUCCUUCCUCUCCUUUUCUUCUUUCCUUCCUUUCAACUUUCUCUCUCUUCGCUACUCGUUCUCUCUUUCUCCCAGCAACCUUCCUUUUCUCGCCCCCCCUUCUUUCCUCACUUUACCUUUUCACUCUUUCUUCAUUCUACCGUUUUUUCUUUGCCAUUUUCUUUCUUACUUCAUUACCUUCCCUUUUCUCUUCCCCCUUCCUUCUACCCUUUUUAUUGUCACUCUUUCUUUCUUUCCUUCUCUUAAUUUCUCCUUUCUCCGGUUCCUCUCUUUCCUUUCCAAUCUUCUCUCUUUUUUUUGCCACUUUUCUUUUUCCCUCUUUCUUCCUCUCUUCCUUUCCGACUGGCCUUUUGAUUGCCUCUCUUUCUUUUUUUUUCAACUCUCUUUUCUCCUCCCUUACUUCAAUAUUUUUUCAUUCCUCCUCUUUCUUUUUCUUCCCAUCCUCCUUCCAGCCUUCUCUUUGCUAUUUUCUCCUUCUUUUCAACUCUCUCUUUCUUUUCCACUCUUUCUUUCUCUUUUCUCCUUUCUUAUCUUUUCUCCCCUCCUCCCAACUAUUUUUCUGUCACUCUUUCUUUUAUUCGCUUUACCAUUCUCUUUCUCUUUCUCUUUCCAACCAUUUUUUUUUUUCACUGAAAGCAGCCGACUGCCAUUUCUCUUCACACAGAUUGAAAUGA